UCAGAAAUUAAAGGCAGUUGAUUCCGCGCCUUUGGUGAGUAACGAGCCUUUUACGACGUGCAUCGCAACAUAAUCGGAGACGAGAGUACCUUAAAUUCUACCUGUCCACCCGAUCAUGACGUUCGAUCGUACUCGCGGUAACACCUGAGCGAAUUAAUUUCCCAAUUUUACGCAUUUUUCGAUCGCGCACUCUUUCAAUAUUCGUGAGAAAAAUAAUCACCGAGAUGCCAGAUGCGUAUGAGAACUUUAACAUGGCGAUGCGGAGUAUAUUGACGACCAGUGAUAUGGAUAAUGAGGUGGACCCCUCGUACUUUCCAUUUAACGAUUUGACAUUGAUAGAGAGUACAAGUGGUCUAAGCCCAUACAGUGAGUCUCAGGGGAAUAUGAGCAUCACUUCACCCAUGUCAACAACUUCAUCACCUAUGCAUAUUACAGACAAUUAUAUUACUUUAUCCAAUGCUACAGUACAAGUACUUGGCGAACCAUACAUUAGCAUCUUAGUGCAACCAAUGGAUAAAUUUAGAUUUCGAUAUAGAUCUGAAAUGGUAGGGACACAUGGGAGUUUAUUGGGUGUAUCAAAUGGACGUAGACGAAAUAAAAAUAAUGUACCAACAGUCCAAUUACAUAAUUAUUUGGAUAAAGCAAUAAUACGAUGCACAUUGGUUACAACAGAUGACGAACACAUACCACACGCUCAUAGAUUAGUGAAGCGUAUGGGUGCUACAGAUAUGGAUGAUCCACAUGAUAUAGAAGUUUCACCUACAAACGAUUUUAUAGCUGAAUUCAAUAGCAUGGGAAUAAUACAUACUGCAAGAAAAAAUAUCAAAGAAGAAAUAGUACGAAAAUUACGUGCAAAAAUUUUAGAGGAACGCAGACGUUCAAAUAUUAAUGCUACUCUUAGCCUUCGCGAUGAUGCACAGAUUAAAGCUGAUGCAGAACAUUAUCAAAAGACUAUAAAUUUAAAUACUGUCACCCUUUGUUUUCAAGGUUUUAUCAAAGAUGAACAUAAUGUCAUGAGACCAAUUACAGCGCCGGUUUAUAGUAAUCCAAUCAAUAAUCUAAAAAGCGCAUUAACUGGGGAGCUUAAAAUAUGCAGAAUUGAUAAGUAUACCAGCAACUGUGAAGGUGGAGAAGAAGUAUUCAUACUUGUAGAGAAAGUUUCUAAAAAAAAUAUAAAAAUAAAGUUUUUUGAACUAAACGACGAUGACAUUGAGAUCUGGACUGAUUAUGGUCGAUUCUCGGAAUUAGAUGUCCAUCAUCAAUAUGCCAUGGUAUUUCGAACUCCACCAUACAAGGAUCUGUAUAUUACUUCUCCAAGAGAAGUUUUCAUACAAUUGGAACGUCCUUCAGAUUCAGAUUGUUCAGAACCAAUUAAAUUCACAUAUAAGCCCAGUGAUCGUAUGAUAGGUAGAAAGAGAACGCGAGUUUCUUAUUCGAAUAGCGGGGAAUUGGCACAAAUGGCGUUCAAUCCAGAUACGCCGUUAAUGAAUACACCGCUAACGAAUGUAUCUUCAAGCAAUGAAAGUACUGAAAUUUCUAAAGAAAUAAAAAAGAUGUUAGAUGAUAGAUGCUCUUCCAGCGAGUUCAAGGAUUUUGUUGAACACAUAAAUUUAGAGUUGUAUGAGAGUUUAUUAAAUGAAGAAAAUAAAUUAACUUAUGAUGGAGCACCAAGCAAAAAGGAUGAUGAAAUGUUUGCUAAAAAUAUUAUUAUCGAAACAAUAAAUAGUAUCAAAGCAAACCCAAAUAAAUCUAAGGAUAUUAUAAUAAAUAUGUUCAAAAACAGGACAACUUAUGGUGAUUCACCGCUACAUUAUGCACUCCGAUAUGGGCAAAAAGAUAUUAUAAAACGUAUCUUAAUGUUUAUGAGUGUACUAAAGACAGAUGCUGAAGAGUUAGUGAAUAUUCAAAAUAGUUCUGGCAAGACUCCAUUGCAUUACGCUGUUUCACAAGAACAUGCAGAGAUUACAAAAGCAUUGCUUAUGCUUGGUGCAGAUCCAAAUAUAUCAGACCAUUAUGGACAAAUGCCAUUGCACAGAGCUGUUAAAUUUCCAGAAGCAAAAGCAAGUAUUGAUGUUUUAUUGAGUGAAGAAAAAAUCAACAUUGAAGCAAAUACAGAUUUGGGAUGGACACCUUUGCAAUUAGCUGCUGAGGCGGGCUCAUACUAUGCAGUACGCUCUCUCAUUAAAGCGGGUGCAAAUGUAAAUAAUACUGAUAUGUCUUAUGGAAGAACUGCUUUACAUAUAGCGGUCGAAGGAGGUCACAAAGAUAUAGUGGAAUUCCUGUUAAAAAAUACCAAAAUAGACGUUAAUAAGAGAAACUUCAGUGGAAAUACAGCAUUACAUACUGCGGUAGUUACGCCUGGAAUAAAAGCAAAAGAAAUAUGUGUUCUUCUAUUGAAAUAUGGCGCUAAUCCUCAUAUAAGGAAUUUUAAUCGUGAACCAAGCAACAUUGAAGGGGAACAAGUACAAAAUAUAAAAACUGAAAUACAGUCAGAUGAUGAAAACAUGAAAGAAUCCGUCGGGCAAUCAUCUUUCGACUUAGCCUCAAACAAACCAGAUAUCUUACAGCUUGUUUCCAAUCAAUGUGAUGCAUCAUUAGAAACAAUUAAAUGUAAAGAAGAAAAUAUCGAUGAUACACAAAAAGUUUGGAUGGAUGCAGUCCAGGAAAAACAAUUAGCAGCUAUCCUAGAUGAGACAAAAGGAUGGAAAAAAUUAGCCCGUCAUUUAAAUUUUGAAAAUUUAUUUAAUACGUUUGAAGAGAGUUCAACCAGUUCAACAUUACUCCUCUUGAAUUACAUUGCUAUACAAACUAGUAUUUCUCUUAGUGAGCUGCAAAAUAUACUGCAGAGCAUAAAUGAAGAAGAUGCUGCUGUAUAUAUGGGACAAGUUUUAUCUAUACAUGAAAAUACAACGAGUCACACACUUUUAAAAUGAACAUUAUUAAAUCAUUGCAUUUGUCAUAUAUUAUAUAUUUUAUAAAAUAUUAUUAACAAAACACUGUAUUAUAUUGUGAUAGUAAACUGAAAAUUGUAUCAUAUUUAAACAAA